UUUGUGUGGUGAUUAAUGAGAGUAAUUAAAUUGAGCGCACGCGCAUGCGAGCCGGAGCAAGCGCAGAAUGGCUGCAAGAUAUACGGCUCGUCGUGCACCUGCGGGUACGGGUGCAAGACAGAGUACAUCUACAGGACCCGAAAGGCGUGUCAAGAUGCACUGCGAGAGCGCAAUUCCAAUGUGUGCAACCGCAAGCCCUGCCUCCGAGGCAUUUGCAUCCAGAUCAUCGAGGACCCAGGCUUCAGCUGCAUGUGUGAGGGCACCGGCUUCUACGGGCAGCGGUGUGAGAAAGCUUGUCCUACGAUGCUGAUGCGCGGGCAGGUGUUUCCCCAUGUGUGCAUCGUGAUCUGAAAACCUUCUCCUUUAUUUUCAUAAGCUAGGCCAAACCAAAACAUCUCAUAAGAGAUGUAAACUGUACUUAUAAGACAAACAGAUACGGUGAAAUGCUCAAAUUGCCUCAUAAAACGAUGUUUGGUAAAGUUUUUAUAAUAAACAAACUAGACAAUACAAGUUUUGGCUCUGCAACAAUUUUUAUAGAGGCUGAUUUACAAGUAGUUAGGUAACUAAAUUUAACUUGAUUUUAUGUGAUUAAUUGAAUGUAAACACAAUUAAAAUGAUAAAAUUAAUCCCUUAAAAUCUAAUUAAAAUUUAAUUACCUAAGUACUUUAACUACUUAAUACACGUGUAAAUCAGCCUUAACUUUUUCAGUCGUAAUUUGUUAAGCUUAGAAUUAAGUUAUUUAUUUAUCGCUACAUACAUUUUAUCUUAACCAGUGUCUUGAAAAUCAUUUUUUGCCGACUACCCAUCAUUCAAAGUACAAUUAACGAGAGCUUUCGACCAAAUAAACCAAAGGAGAGCUUUUCCGUUAAGGAGUUAUACUUAGUUACUUACUUAAGGAAUGGCUUCGACACCGUGGAAAUUCUUUAACUUAAGUAAUUCAAAGUAAGUAAUUACUUAAGGUAGGUACUUAGAAUUCUACUUAGAUUAACAAAGUAGUACACUAUCUUUAAGCUAGCAAAGUAGUUAAUAACACAGGUGUUUGUAUUUACCUACUUUAUUAUGAUAUCCAUUGUUAUUGUGACACCCUGUAUAAACGCAUCCUCUGCAAUAAACUUAAGGCACAGUAUCAAGUUUGGGAAAUUUUUUAUACAUAAGUAAUUUUAAUAAUAAAGAAAUAAAAGA